AUGACAAUGAGCGGACCUCCUAGAGUCAACAAUGGUCGAAGGGGAUCAGCCAUCAAUAAUCUGUUGAAUUCAAUGGGUAUAAGACAAGGAUCUGGCGCCACGCAGGGGUCCGGAACCGUUGCAACGACAGCGACUGCGAUGUCGAAUGGUACACAGGGAGCAGUGGGGAACGCCACGCUGCCACAACGGAGCAACGAUAUACCCAACUUCGGAGGCGAUGCUUUGCAGUCGCAGGCUGUGAAUUUUAUGAGCUCAGAUGAAGAAGAUGCGGGAUUGCGCGAUCAAGACGAUCUCGCAGUGGCGGCGUCUCCUAACAUGAUGGGAACGACUCCGUUCGACCAGAUGCAACUAUCGACUAGCGGAGCAGAUGGCAGUGGGAAUCUUGUGGACGAGCUACCUAUAAGUUUGACUCUGGGCGCCAAUGACGGGACUGGUGCUAUAACGCAGCCGGUUUCAUCAUUGUCUAACGACGCAUAUCAGACUCUGAAAGCAGUGCGGCAUUUUGUCUACGGCUCUAAGGCUCCAGAGAAUGCUGUCGAAAUGCUCAGUUUAGAACUCCCCCGCUCCAGUGCCCCUCCAGAAUCUAUUGACGAAGAAGAAUUACGAGCACGCAAGGAUAAAAAUGGGUUGUUCAGUUUAAGAUUGACGCCUUUCUUGGACCAUUCUCAAACUACGAAUCCAGGCCUGUACUUUGAACCCAUUGUCAGAACGGCGGGACCAUGUUCUCAGUUGGUAAUUGGAAGGUACACCGAACGUGUUCGUGAAUGCAUUAGUCGUGUGCCAGAACAAUACCAUCCAGUAGUUUUUAAGAGUAAAGUGGUAUCAAGAACGCAUGGAUGUUUCAAAGUCGAUAAAGAGGGGAAUUGGUAUAUACGAGAUGUCAAAUCUUCGUCUGGAACGUUUUUGAAUCAUCAUCGUUUGUCACCAGCAUCUACAAUGUCCAAAGAUACUAUUCUUAGUGAUGGAGAUGUCGUUCAACUAGGGCUAGACUUUAGAGGGGGUAUGGAAGAAAUAUAUCGAAGUGUUAAAAUGCGCGUCGAAUUAAAUAAAUCCUGGAAAAGACGCGCAAUGAGAUUCAAUAAAGAAGCGCUGCAAAGAAUUAAGAAUUUACAAAAAAUGACUACCGGCAGUGAAGAAGAAGACUGCUCAAUUUGUUUAUCAAAAAUCAAACCUUGUCAGGCCAUUUUCAUAUCGCCCUGUUCGCAUAGCUGGCACUAUCAAUGUGUUCGUCGUCUGGUCACAACGACAUACCCACAAUUUGUAUGCCCUAAUUGUCGCUCGAGCUGUGACUUAGAAGCUUCUUUGGACAGCGAAUUCGAAAGUGACGAAGAAGAUGACUUUGACCUUGUAGCUGAUGAUAUUAAGGGCAUUGAUAUGGCCCAUAGUGAUGAGCAGGUGCUCUAA